AUGAUCAACUCACUCGUUCGGGCCAUGUGCCUCAUGACGGCAGCGACCACCGCCAUCGCCAUGCCCAACAACCUUGCGGGCGACGGCUACGGCAGAAGCGACCAGACGUGGCCUUUCUCGGAGCUGAUCCACGAGCCCCCGAUCGACUUCCACACCCAGCGCCAGGCGGCGGGACAGCAGGGACCGGCCACCGGCGGCGGCUCGAGAACACAGAGCCGACCUCCGUGCGCCCCCGAGACGCCGGCGGGCCUGGGCGAGAGGGUCAGCAACCCGGACACGGCGGCGGCGUUCCUGGCGCACGCGCCGUUCCAGGCCGCCGCCCGGAGCCUGGGCGUCAGCAACGCGUCGUUCCUGGCGCAGAGCACCAACGGCAACGGCGCGUUCCAGUACGCCGGCAACGCGUACCUCGGGUGGAUCAACCAGCCCGCGUACUCGCCGUGGAACUGCUCGCUCGCGUGUGACGCGCUGAAUGCCGCGGGGACCAAGUGUAACUCGUACAACACCUACUUCCUUCGCUCUCCGACUCUCGCGCCCGGCACGGCUUGCCCCAACCCUGUGUCCAUGACUACCAUCGUCUGCGCCUUGUGGAAGAACAAGCUGUACUGGACGGACGGCCUCAACACCAACCAAAACCGCAGCAACUUCAACGUCGUGAUUGCUGGCUCCAACUUGUACCAGAGGAACAACCUGGACCCCUAG